AUGGCAGAUGGGGCGCAGGCAAACCCCAAAGGGUUCAGGAAGAAGGUGCUGGUUAAACAUUCCUCUGGGUGCAGAGGUUCAAAUCUCAGGGCCUCUUUUUCUUCGAGGAUCUCCAGGUCUGGCCUGGCUAUGAAGUUCCUCAUCAUCGCCGUCCUGGCCGGCAGCAUCCUGCCUGCAGCGCACAGCAGCCUGUUCAACCUGAAGUCCAUGGUGGAAGCCAUCACGGGGAAAAAUGCCAUCUUGUCCUUCGUGGGCUACGGCUGCUACUGUGGGCUGGGGGGCGGUGGCCACCCCAUGGAUGAAGUGGACUGGUGCUGCCAUGCCCAUGACUGCUGCUACCAGAAGCUCUUUGACCAGGGCUGCCACACCUACGUGGAUCACUAUGAAUACUCCAUCGAGAAUAACAAGACGAUUGUCUGCAGAGAUCUCAACCAGACAGACUGCGACAGGCAGACCUGCGAGUGCGACAAGAGCGUGGCUCUGUGCUUCCAGAAGCAUAAGUACAAUGAGAAGCAUCGCAACUACCUCAAUAUCUACUGCCAGGGCACCACCCCCAACUGCAGCAUCUACGAGCGGCCCCGGGGGAGCCCCACCCCCUCAGCAACCCCUAGAAGAGGGGUGGCCGUUCCUGCUCUGGGGCCCAGGCACAUGGAGCAGGUAGAGGUGGGAGCAGAUCCAGAGCCCAAGGGCUACCCUGCCACCUCCUCCCUGGAGCCCUCUGGCAAGGCCAGCCCCCAGGGGACUCAGGAAGGCCUGGGCCCUGACUGGUCACCCGGCUGCUCCAGCCCGGCAAUGGGCAUCGCUGUGCCCUGCUGUUGGUCCUGA